AGCGUGAUGACCGCAUGGGAAGCGCUCCUAACGCCAGAUUAUGACGCGGGCGUCAGCGCGCGGGCUCCACGGUCUCGCGUGACCGCGGGCGCAGUCUCCCGGCCUGGCAACAGCAGCAACGGCAGAGGCAGGCGGGCGAGGUCAAGAUGGUGGCUUCGCGGGCGGGGGAGGCGGUAGAGGGAGGAGGAGCCAGACCAUAGCCUGCCGGAAACACCGACACCCAGAAGCCUCCCGGGAGCCGCCGCUUGCUGCCUCAGCCACCGCCUCCGCCGCCUGCUCCAGCUCGAGAGACGCGAGCGGGCGGCGGGGCGGGCCGUGAGCGAGACGCGAGAGGAGGAAGGGCGGGGGCGGAGCCGCCCGCCUUCGCCUCCGCCCCCGGCCGCGGUCCCGGGCCCUGCCCGGCCCGCCCAGCCCCGGUGUGGCAGCGGCUCAUGGCGGCGGUGGGGCCCCCGCAGCAGCAGGUGCGGAUGGCCCAUCAGCAGGUCUGGGCGGCGCUCGAAGUGGCGCUCCGGGUGCCCUGCCUCUACAUCAUCGACGCCAUCUUCAACUCCUACUACGAUUCCAGCCAAAGCGGGUUCUGCAUCGGGCUCCAGAUCUUCCUCCGGCUCCUUGGUAUAUUUGUAUCCAGUAUUGUUCUGAUCUUGUCACAGCGAUCACUUUUCAAGUUUUACAUGUACAGCUCAGCCUUUCUGUUAGCUGCAACUUCAGUGUUGGUAAAUUAUUAUGCUGCUUUGCACAUUGACUUCUAUGGUGCCUACAACACAUCAGCAUUUGGAAUUGAGCUGCUUCCUCGAAAAGGCCCCUCGCUGUGGAUGGCGCUCAUCGUUCUGCAGCUAACGUUUGGAAUUGGGUACAUCACACUACUGCAGAUUCAUUCCGUCUAUUCACAGUUAAUUAUCUUGGAUCUCUUGGUUCCUGUAAUAGGCUUAAUCACAGAGCUACCAUUACACGUCCGAGAGACUUUAGUUUUUACUUCUUCCUUGAUUCUCACAUUAAAUACAGUGCUUGUCUUGGCAGUGAAACUUAAGUGGUUUUAUUAUUCCACAAGGUAUGUUUAUCUUUUAGUGAGGCACAUGUAUCGAAUUUAUGGAUUACAGUUAUUAAUGGAGGACACAUGGAAGAGGAUUCGUUUCCCAGCUGUACUGCGAGUCUUUUGGCUAACAAGAAUUACAGCUCAGGCUACAGUAUUAAUGUACAUUUUAAGGAUGGCAAAUGAAACUGACUCCUUCUUUAUUUCUUGGGAUGAUUUCUGGGACCUCAUUUGCAAUCUUAUAAUUAGUGGAUGUGAUUCUACACUUACUGUACUGGGCAUGAGUGCUGUAAUUUCCUCAGUAGCCCAUUAUUUGGGCCUUGGAAUAUUGGCCUUUAUUGGAUCAACUGAAGAAGAUGACAGGCGGCUUGGCUUUGUAGCACCUGUUUUAUUUUUUAUUUUGGCUCUUCAGACUGGUUUAAGUGGGCUAAGACCAGAAGAGAGACUAGUUCGCUUAAGUAGAAACAUGUGCCUUUUAUUAACUGCAGUCCUGCAUUUCAUCCAUGGAAUGACAGACCCUGUAUUGAUGUCUCUCAGUGCCUCUCAUGUGUCAUCUUUCCGUAGACAUUUUCCUGUGCUCUUUGUCUCUGCUUGCCUGUUUAUUCUUCCUGUUCUACUCAGUUAUGUUCUUUGGCAUCACUAUGCACUAAAUACAUGGUUGUUUGCAGUUACCGCCUUUUGUGUGGAACUCUGCUUAAAAGUAAUUGUUUCUCUCACUGUUUAUACGUUAUUCAUGAUUGAUGGCUACUAUAAUGUCCUCUGGGAAAAGCUUGAUGAUUAUGUCUACUAUGUUCGUUCAACAGGCAAUAUUAUUGAAUUUAUAUUUGGAGUAGUAAUGUUUGGAAAUGGGGCUUACACUAUGAUGUUUGAGUCAGGAAGUAAAAUCCGGGCUUGUAUGAUGUGCUUACAUGCGUAUUUUAACAUCUACUUACAAGCAAAAAAUGGCUGGAAGACAUUCAUGAAUCGUAGAACUGCUGUUAAGAAAAUUAAUUCACUUCCUGAAAUAAAAGGGAGACACUUACAAGAAAUAGAUGAUGUGUGUGCAAUCUGCUAUCAUGAGUUUACAACAUCUGCUCGUAUCACACCAUGUAAUCAUUAUUUCCAUGCUCUUUGCCUUCGGAAAUGGCUGUACAUUCAAGAUACUUGUCCAAUGUGCCAUCAAAAAGUGUACAUUGAAGAUGAUAUCAAGGAUAAUUCAAAUACAUCUAACAACAAUGGAUUUAUUCCACCCAAUGAAAAUCCAGAGGAAGCUGUAAGAGAAGCUGCUGUUGAAUCUGACAGGGAAUUGAAUGAAGAUGACAGUACAGAUUGUGACGAUGAUGCUCAGAGAGAGAGAAACGGAGUCAUUCAGCACACAGGCACAGCAGCUGAAGAACUGAUUAACGAUGAUACUGAUUAAAAUAGCAUUUACUAAUCAUUGAGGUAUUUGUUUAAAAUUCAGUUCAUCCAAAAUGGAGUAAUAUGCUUCACUUAAGUGUGUAACCAAGCACAAAAACAGUAUCAGUGUUGAAUCUGUGAAUGGUUUUCCGUUUACUGUGAUGUGCUACUGUAAAUAUACCUCUUUGAUUCCUUCUGGUCUCUUUGGUGACCUAUUUAAAUUUGUGUACAUUAUUGUACAUAGAAUAAAAUGUUUUCACGUUUUUAUGACAAACUUGAACAAAUAGCUUUUUAAUAGAUGUAAUAAUAUGGUGCGUCAACUGUGCCAAAGAUUCCUCAAUGAAAGUAUACAAUGUGUCUAACUCUGGACCCUAGUUUUUCUUUAAAAUGGGUGGGAGAGAAUGAAAAUGCCAAUCAGGGAAAUGCAGAUCACAUUAAAUCAAGGAAAUCAAGUAA